UGUGAAAUGGCGAGCAGACCAAUUCGUGCCAAAAAAGUGGACUACAAAGCGCUUCAUGAAGGAGCAAGCUUGGCUCAGUCUGAACAUUCAGUAACUUCAGAUAAUGAACUAUCAGGUUUAGAUUACGACGAGGAAAGCUGUGCGGAAGCGAACGCGUCCGGCAAAGAUUCAUUAUCAACUUCCGGGGACAACUCAAGCGAUAGUGAGAAGGAAGAGUCGGCCGAGGAAUUCGAAACUUGCGGUGAUGAGGAACAGAAUGACGAAGAUGUAGACGUCCGCGAGGCAACUCAGGAGAUAGCCGCGCUUCGAAAGCAGAUCCGAUUUGAAAAGAAGCGACGCGCGCUAGAGGCCAAGCAACGAGAAAUUGCUCAAUUGAAAAAGGAGUUGGCUAACAUUUGCAUCACUCGAGGGUCGCGUUCGGGGGAUCCGGAACAGAACAACGACCGUGACGAAACGAGGAAAGGUCCCAAACCCAAGAGAGACAGUAAAAGACAAAAAGGCCAUGCUAAAAAGACAGUUAAAGAUAAUGAGGAGCUCAUAAAGAAGCCAGGUACAGUAAAACAGGAGUCUAACGGAAAUAUAAUUGAGCAGCAUCGCCUAAUCCAGGAGUCAGGUAAGUGCAAUUUUGAAGGCUGUCGGUUUCCUGCUAAAUCAGCUCUGAAUAUAGAUUAUUUUAGAGCCAUGUUAACUGACUACAAGGACCGGGAAAUUUGUGAUCUGUUAGAAUUUGGUUUCCCGUUAGGUUUUCAGGAAGAUCUUGUUACUCCGGUAAGUAUCAAACAAACAGAGGGAAGUGAACCGGUUUGUACCAAUCAGUUUGAAUUUGGAUCUCAGGAAUUCGUAGCCAAUCAUAAGGGGGCCAAAGUAUACCCAAAGCAGAUGGAUGAGUAUUUGGAAAGGGAAUUAGAGGCAGAGGCAGUUAUAGGUCCUUUUGACAUUAAUCCACUUAGGACUCCCAUUAAGCUGUCUCCUUUAAAUUCUGUACCUAAAAGAGAUUCUGUAGAAAGAAGGGUGAUACUUGAUCUCAGUCUCCCCAAGGGUAAGUCAGUGAAUUCCCACAUUCCAAAGGAUUCUUAUUUAGGUAAGCCCAUCAAUCUCACUUAUCCUAGAGUGGAUGAUCUGGUGGAUCUGAUCAAAGAUAAAGGUAAGGGUUGUCACAUGUUCAAAAGAGACCUUAAACGUGCAUACAGGCAAAUUCCUAUAGAUCCCGGAGAUAUCCACCUAGUGGGUUAUAUGUGGAGCGGAAAAAUAUAUCUUGAUAGGGUGUUAUCCAUGGGCCUUAGAUCGGCUGCCUACAUUUGUCAGAGAGUUACCUCGACAGUGUCCUUUAUUUGUCUCCAGGCAGGAUAUUUCAUCUUAAAUUACUUAGAUGAUUUCGCAGGUGCGGAGACGAAGGCUAAAAGCCAGAACGCCUUUGAAUUUUUAGGGGCAGUUCUGCAGAAUGGUGGUCUAGUUGAAUCCCAGUCAAAAGCUGUUCCUCCUUCUACUAGGAUGGUAUUUCUAGGAGUUCUCUUUGACACAGAGUCUCUGACUUUAGAGGUACCCCCUUUUAGACUACAGGAAAUAACAGAUCUUGUAGUGGUAUGGUUAGAAAAGGAUCAGGCCACCUUACAACAGUUGCAGUCACUGCUAGGUAAGUUGAUGUUUGUAGCAAGUUGUGUUCGACAGAGCCGUAUUUUCAUAAGUAGACUCCUUAACUGGCUCCGUGAUAAUACAGGAUCUGAAGCAUCUCUCAUAGUUCCCUUAGCAGUUAGGAAAGACCUCCUCUGGUGGAAGGAAUUUCUGUCUUUAUACAAUGGGGUAUCCAUGAUGAGUUUGGAGGAAUGGUCGGCGCCAGAUGGUGAGUUUUCAUCAGAUGCUUGUUUAUCAGGCUGUGGUGGUUUUUGCAAAGGGCAAAGUUUUCAUGUGGUCUUCCCAGAGUUCAUCCGUGUACAGGACCUCAGUAUAAAUUGUCUAGAACUACUAACCAUAGUGGUAAGUGUCAAGUUAUGGGGGGCUUUGUUCAGGGGUAAAAAGAUUGUCAUCAACUGUGAUAACAGUGCUUCGGUGGCAGUCAUAAACUCUGGUAGAUCUAGGGUGGCCUUUAUGCAGGGUUGCUUACGUGAAAUAUGUUUUCAUGCUGCCAUCCACGAGUUUGAGCUGAGAGCCCGACAUAUUGAAGGUGAGCUAAACAGAAUUCCAGAUCAUUUGUCGAGAUGGCAUUUGGAUCCCUCUCAAGAAGGCAUGUUUCACGAGCUAACCAGAGGGAUGGAAGUCACAUUUCACCCGAUAGAAGAGGAGAUCUUCAAAUUCUCCCAUAGGUGGUAG